AUGAUUGGCCCCCUCGCCAAAUUCGCCAAUGAACCAGUUACGCUCGCCAUCAUAGGCUGCGGGCAGCGCGGCCGGGGGUAUGCCCAGUACGCAUUGCAGGAACCGACGCUGUGCAAGGUCGUCGCGAUCGCGGAACCGCGCCCGAAGACCCGCGGGAUCGUCGCAGAGGCGCACGCCGUUGACGGCACGCUCGUCUUCGAAUCGUACGAGGACCUCCUGAAGGCCUCUGCGGACACCAUUCAGACGAUCGGCAAGCGCCUCGCGGACGCCGUCGUGAUCGCCGUCCAGGACCACCUGCACAUGGAGGUCACGCUCGCGUUCGCCGCGCAGGGGUACCACAUCCUGUGCGAGAAGCCCAUGGCGACGUCCGUCGAAGCGUGCGUCCGAAUGGAAGCCGCUGUGCGGAAGGCGGGUAUCAUCUUCGGGAUGGGUCAUGUGCUCCGCUACUCGCCGUACAACAAGGCGAUGAUGGAAGCUAUCCGCACCGCAAACCUUGGGCAACUCAUCAACGUCGUGCACAUUGAGCCGGUCGGAUAUUACCACUUCGCGCACUCCUACGUCCGAGGAAAUUGGGCGCGCGAAGCGGACAGCUGCUUCUCCCUUCUGACGAAGAGUUCCCACGACCUGGACAUCCUGUGUCACUACCUCGCCCCCGGAGGCCCCACCCGGAUUUCCUCUUUCGGCUCGCUGCAGCACUUCCGCAAGGUGAACAAGCCUGCCGCAGCGGGCGAGGCCAAACGCUGCCUCGACUGCGCACACGAACGCGACUGUGCAUACAGCGCGAAGAAGGUUUAUCUGGACCCCGUCGUGCAAGGCAACACCGGUUGGCCCGCAGAGGUCCUGGUAGACGGCUUGCCCGACAUCGAGAAUAUCACCGACGCGCUCAAGACCGGGCCGUACGGGCGGUGCGUGUACGAGUGCGACAACGACGUGUGCGACAACCAGGUCGUGAACAUCGAGUUCUCGAACGGCGCGACCGCGUCCUUCACGAUGGUCGCGCACACGACGCUCAUCUGCGAGCGGCAGACGCGCCUGCACUUCGCCUUUGGGGAGAUCGUCGGCGACAUGACCUCCUUCGCGCUCACCGACUUCCGCACGCGCAAGACGACGCAGCACACCCCACGCGCCGAUGGGGGCGGGCACGGGGGCGGGGACCUGGGGCUGAUCAGCACGUUCGUGCAGGCGGUGCGCACGGGCGAGCAGCGCGUGCUGGGCGCGGACGUCACGGACGUGCUCCGCAGCCACCUCGCGGUGUUUGCGGCGGAGACGAGCCGGCGCGAGGGCCGGGUGGUUGACUGUGUGCAGUUUGAGAAGGAGGCGAGGGAGAAGUUUGGGCAGAUUUGA